AUGGUGGAAUGCCUACUUGAUGGAGGAAAUGAAAAUCAAAAAGCUUUGGAGGAGUACUUGGAAACUAGUCUUCAAAUUGGCUUGAUGAGCAAAGACAAAGAUCCUCCAUGGGCAUUUGAACAAAAUCAAGAAGAAUUCUCAAACGCUCAAUAUGAGAAGAUAAUGCCGAUGCUGUGCAUUGAUGCAGUUACGACGGUUGAUAUGGCUUCCACAGCCAUGAGAAUUCUCUCCAAAGGAAAGCAAAAAAUCGAUGUGAUGAUAGUCAAUGUCCAUUCACCUGAUUUACUUUCUUUUCAACUUUUGACUCAAGCUGUAGCCUUGGAUAUUGUUUCACUCGCUUCUCAAAAUAAUUAUGCAGUUACAUGUGAUGAACACGAUGAAUUCUUAGCAAAGAAGGCUUUGGAAGAUGGAGCUUACCUGUACCUAAAAAAGCCACUUGACGAGGAAAUUGUGCAAUACUUAUGGCAAUUUGCAUUGAGGGAAAAAAUAAAAAGGGAGAAAUCGAGGGAAAGAUUAGAAGAAAAUGAAGAUCAUACAAAUGUUGGUGAUGCUGAUGAUAUUGGUGACAAUAAUAUUGUUGUAGAUGAAGAACAAGCUGGAGAGAAGAAUAUACGUAAUACUGAGGAACAGAGCAAUAAAUACAAGCUGAGGAUAAAGAGAGGUAGAAAAAGAGCAAAACAGAUUAAUGAAGGAGAGAGCCAGAGUAGUGCUAUUAAUAAGAUCGUUAGGCGAAAGGUGUGCACAAAAUGGACUGUGGAUCUUCAUGCCAAAUUCAUGGAUGCUAUGCAGCAACUUGGUGAUGGAAGAUGUUACCCCAAAGAGAUUCUUGAGGUGAUGAAUGUGCCUGGUCUUACCAGGAUGCAAGUUGCAAGCCAUCUUCAGAAAUGUCGUAGCAACAAUUGGAGAGCUCCAAAAGAGCGAAAAUCUAUUCGUAAGCCAUCAGGUCAAGGAUCCUCAAGUGGUUCUCAACAAAGACGUGGCUUUAGAAGAUUUGGGACAAUGCCUCGUCUUCAAACAAGUGUUCCAAAUAUGCAACAACAUCAACGUAACCCAGAUCAAACCCAAAGAGGCCCAGAGUUUUCAUUUCCAACAAUCAAUACCAACAACAUUUUUACUAGAGGAGAGAGUUCAACUCAGCAACACCUCUAUCACCCACAACUUCAUAUUCAACCCCACUACCUCAACAUUGACAACCCAUUCAAUAACCCAUUUUUGUUGCCCCAAAAUAAUGCUAGUGGUGAGCUACAACAACAACAUGGAUCAUUAUUUGGAAUGUCGGGUUCACAAGGACUACAAGGCCCAAUUAUUGGGAGCACUAAUUAUAGGUCUGGGUUGGCGUUUAACAUUGAGGAUCAUCAUACUCAAAAUGACUACAACUUGGAUCUCAAUGUGGCCCAUGUAACAACAUAUUCAGGUAGUGCAAUAAUGUCUGAUACAAGCAUUCGAAAUGCGACAAUCAAUGAAUUAGGAGCAGUAAAUGCUAAUUUCCAGCAAUAUAUUGGUGAACCAAACAUGUCUAAUUCAAGCAAUAUUAUCGCGACAUCACAUGCAAGUGAUACUGAAGGAAGUGAUUCAAAUGAGAGGGAAAAUUAUGAUGCGUAUUUCGAUUUCAAUAAUAUGGGUUAUCUCUUCCAGAAUCUUGGACCUCCAAGUGCUAACCUACCUAAUGAACAUGACAGUGAGAUUGAUCAAGUUUUUGAUCGGCUAGUGGUGAUGGCUGUCCUGCCAGGGAGUGCAGCAAACUACACUUGCAGAACAGAUUGUGAAGUCACUCUCUCUGCUAAUUAUUCCUUGGUGGAUGUUUUUCCGCUCUCAAAGGAUGCGACAGAUUUCCAUGAUCAAAAUGGCGCAGAUGGUGUAGUCUUGAUUGAGAAGCGAGUUAAUCACAACUGA